AAUUAUACAUAUACUAAAUGAUGGAAAAUUUAGCGGACAAUGUAGCUAAACUUUGUAUAGAAAAGUAUAAUAUUUUAAAGAAAACGGGUAAACCCAGCGAUCAUGAAUGGACUGUAUUAUCUGGUAUAAUUUUAGAAAACGCUGUCGGAUCAUUAUCUUUGGUAGCACUUGCCACUGGAACAAAGUGUUUAGGAGAAUCAGAAUUAAUUAAUACUACUCAAGAAAAUAGAGGUUCUCGAUUAAGCGACUCUCAUGCAGAAGUUCUAGUCAGGCGUGCAUUUAUACGUUACUUGUAUGACCAAAUCGAUCUGACUUUGUAUGGUUCCGAGAGUGCAGUUUUCUUACGGAAUGAUGAAAAUAGAAUUGAAUUAAAAAGUAGCAUAUCUUUUCACUUUUUUUCAAGUCAAACACCUUGUGGAGAUUGUUCUAUAUUUCCUAAACACGAAACUUAUGAUAAUGGUGUGCAUAUGCAUAAGAUCAGAUGUAUCGAUGAGGAUACUUAUGGACAUAUAAUCACAGAAUCAUAUUAUAAAGAUAUAUAUAGAACAGGUGCAAAAUGUGUGAAAGAAGAGAUACAGGAUUCUCAUUUACCUGGUAUAAAUUAUCAUACUGUAGGUCCAUUGCGUAUUAAGCCAGGUAGAGGAAAUCCCACAAGUAGUUUGUCUUGUUCUGAUAAAAUGGCAAAAUGGCUUAUUCUUGGUUUACAAGGAUCACUUUUGUCAUUGUUGAUUCCACCAAUAAAAUUGAAGAGUAUCACGAUUGGAGGUUCUUGUCCUUUUUCUUUGGGUGCCAUGGAACGUGGAUUGUAUAAAAGAUUUAACAAUGAAAUGGAUAAACCCAAAAUUUUUCAAGCAAAAAUUGCUUUUACACAUAAGAAAGGACAACAAAGAUUACAUCCCUGUCCAACAAGCAUUAUAUGGUGUGCUGUGAGAAACAGUGAGUUAGAAAUAGCAGCUGCAGGCAGAAAACAUGGAGUAACAAAAAAAAAAAAAGGUAGUAAUUUAUUUAUAAGUAGACGAAUGCUUUUGCAAAUCUUUUUGCAAGUUUUUGAUAAGUAUCAGGAUAACUACAAUGAAAUAAGACACCCAAAGAAAAUUACGUAUUAUGAUUGGAAACAAUGGUCAUUAAAUUAUCAAAACAAAUGGAAACAAUUAAAACUUGAAUCAUUCCAUAAAUGGCCAUGUAAAUCGAUGCAUCCGCGGAAUUUUGUAUUAUGA